AGGAGAGGAGAGGAGAGGAGAGGAGAGGAGAGGAGAGGAGAGGAGGAGGAGAGGACCAUCAUGGAGCACUGGAAUCGAAUCAAGAUUGCCAAAUGCCAGAUACUGAUCACCAACUUCUUUGUCUUGCAUGUCUGUGGGAGGACCUGUCCCUCCCAUCCACAGAAACACGGAGGCCUCCUGCAGCGGCCUUGCUCCUGGAGGGAGCCAGGCUGGGGCGCCCAGAAGCCCAGGCCCUACCCUCUGUCAUUGCGGGAGGGCCUUUGCCACUGUCCCCAGCUCUGAUGAUGAGCCCACCUCACUCUCAGCUGCUGGGCCUCUCUACGGCCACCAUGGCAGCCGUCACUCACUUUGGAGACCACUUGUCUGUCAUUGGCCAUGCAUCCUUGGAGAGGAACCCCUAUGAAGCAAUGCACUACUGGGCCUUCUACGUGGGGAUCAGCCUAGCAGGUCUACUGAGCCUGGGCGCUGCCCUGAGCACCAUAGCCACAGUAAGGGAGGCCCAUGGCCUCAUGGCUGCGGGGUUCCUGUGCUUUGCCCUGUCAUUCUGUGUCCUGGUACAGAUGGCAUUCUGGAGAUUCCACAACCCCACCCAGGUGGAGGAUGCAGUAUUGGACACCUAUGACCUCGUGUAUGACCAGGCAAUGAAGAGCCCAUCUAGCAGUUGGUGGCAGGAGCUGGCCACCAUCCAGGACACGUUUCUGUGUUGUGGGAAGAAGUCUCCUUUUGGGCUUCUGGCGAGCACCAGAGCCAUCCCAUGCCAGGGCCAGGAGGCCAUAAGAGAGGACUGCCUACAGAGCAUCGGGAAGUUUCUGUGGACACACUACAGAAUUGCCUCCACCCUGACCUGCACCAGCCUGGCCCUCACGGUAUAUGCCAUGAUGCUCUGCGCCUUCCUCUGGUUUGCCAUUCACUCCUACUGUGGCUUGGAUCGAAAAGGCAGAUACACCCUGAGCCCACGAGUCCAUGGCUGCCAGCCCCAGGAACCCAGCCUCUUCAGAUGGACCAAGGGUGGGCCAGUGCCUCAACGCCCCUCUGAAACACAAGCGUUUGCUAACUAUUCGACACCCCUCUGAAGCACAGGUGUUUGCUCAUUGGAUCUAGUAGGAUGUGUACUGUCUGCUUGCCCACAGAGAUGAAGACUCUGGCCCUGCGCCCUCCCAUGAUCCACAUGGUGGGAGAACGGAAGGGGAGAAGAGUCCACCAGAUGUGUUAGUUACUUUUACAUUGUUGUGGUCAGACACCUACCAGACACAGGGAAGAUUUAUUCUUGCUCAUGGUUUCAGAGAGAUUCUGGUCCAUCACAACAGGAAAGGCAUGGAGGAGUGGCUGUGUCUAUGUCAGCAGGAAUAUAAGGUGGCAAAUGCUGGAGGCUAGAUGUUGUAAACUAACUUCCUCUGGGUCAUCAUGGACCACCUUUGCUCUGUAGUCACGACAACAAAAUGCAUGGAACCACAUGGCAAUAGCCAGGUUUUUGGUAAUGGCCAUGGGGCUGUUAAUGCUUCUUAGUUUAGGGAGAAGAGGUCACCAUAUCCUCGCCUGCAAUUCCAGCUACCACUCCCUCCUGCCAAGAAACUGUUAGGAUCUUGGGAGGUGCCAGAGUGUGAAAAGUUAACUGAAGCCAGGUCUCCAUGGUCCAGCAUCCAUGAGAUUGUCGCCUAUCAUGGGGUGGGGCUUUUAGGUAAGAACACUGUUUGGGGGUCUCCCACGCUCCCUAUAAGUAACUCCUCACCCCAAUAAAUCCAUUGCUUCAAGUUGAAA